CCACAUGGUUAUCAAAAUUAAUUGUCUGGCUGACACUCAACUCAGCAGGAAAUAAAUGUUAAAUAGAGAUAGCUACUGGCUACAGUUUAGUAUAGUAGUCAACCAACAUCUAGAUAAGCCUACACACGAUGGAUCUGAAUGGAUACAAGCAAGUCUCUACCUGGGACACUGAUGAAGUAAUUGCCUGGAUAAGAGGUCUGGACCAGACCUUGGAGGAGCACACUCACCAGCUACUAGCUCACUGCAUCUGUGGCCACGACCUGCUCAAGCUCAGCCAGCAACAAUUGGAGUACCUCAAGGUGUCCCAGCUGGGUCAUCAGGAGCUGUUGCUGGAGGCAGUGGAGCAACUCUCCACACUGGAGAGUGGUCAUGCUCGGAGCUCCACCAUCUCCUUGGCUAGCAGAGUCUCCAAGAAGACCUCUCAACUCAUCAACACUCUCCAGCAUAAGAACAAUAGCGUGGACGGUGACACUACCCUCUCCAGGAUAGAGAUGACAGCGGGCGUUAUGAAUGCGGCCAAGUCCCUGGUCAGCUGGCUCGAGAGAAAUCCCUCCUCCUUCAUCUCCGACUACAAGUCCUUCAAACAUGAUAUGUUGAGGAGUACCUUAGAGCUCUCGAGUAUUCUGGAAGACAAAUUUGAGACGAACACAAUGGUGGAUGCUUGUCGUACAAUCCUGAAGCUCACAUCAUCGAUGAUGUCACCAGAGAACUUCUCAGUAGUUGAACCUGUGAACCUGGUAGCAAUCACCCUGAGCCCCAGAGAGGACACUGGACUGGGCUUCUCUAUACAGAGAACCAGACAAGGCAACCUUCUGGUCAGCAGUGUCAGUGAAGGGAGUCCGGCUGAGGAGUUGGGCCUCAGUCAGAGUGGUGUGGAGAUUGUGCAGAUCAACGCUCAGAAUGUGGUUGGCUGGGAAGUGAGCAAUGUGGUGGAAACUCUCAAGCAAAGUGGACAUGAGGUGUCCCUCAUCCUUAAGAUUCCUAAACCCGUUAAUGGCAACAAAGAAGAAAAAGACGAUCAGACCGAUGAAGGAGUUGUGGCUGAUGGUAGCAAUGGAUCAUGUGAGAUCUUAGAUCCAGCGUCCAAUCAAAUGCCAGAAUCAGACGGACUCUCUGUUGAUGAUGUCGAUAUGGAGGGCAUACACAGCCCUGACGGUUUCCAAGGCGACACGGACUUGAGCAAUCUGCAGAGUAUCUUUAGAAUGAAGAAAAACGCAUCUCUCGACCUCAAAAGAACUUCCAGUGUUCCUCUGACAGACAGGGAGAAGGCGGACACCAUCUUGGAGGCACAGGGGGAGGGUGCUCUGGAGGAGACGGACGGAGGGUCCAAUAACUUCUCACCUUUGGCUGGACUUCAGCAGAGAAUGCACACAAGAACGUCCAGUGCAGGGACACCAGCCUGUAAAGUGGACACGUCGACUCCUCAGACUUCCUACAGAACUCAGAUCAUUGGUGGGGUGGUUAUGAGGAUCCCCAUGAACGAAGCAGGUGCAAAGAAGGGGAAGCAAAAGACGGGCAGUGGACAUGGGAGGACCAAGCUUCAGCGAACAGGCAAGAAGCUGAAGAAGACCAAUACAAACAGUACAGGCAGUCUUACCUCAGACGAACUCUAUCUACCUACUGAGCCAGAUGACUCCUCGCCUGAAAAGGGUGCAGUGUUCAGUGACGCUAGAGAGGUCACUAUCGGAGGAACUACUGCCAAGCAGGUCACAGUCACGUCUAUAUCUGAAGGACAUCGUAAUGAUGAGGUUGCCGUGCCUACUCGUAAGAAGUCGGCCAACCCUGCUCUGAUGGUGCCCUGCUUUCAACUCAAGAACACAGAGCAGGAGGGAUGGAUGAACAAGCAGGGAGGGUCAGGACUCACUCCUAGGAACUGGAGGAGAAGAUGGUUUGUCCUCAAAGAGAGCAAACUCUACUACUACAAGACUUCCUUUGACAUAUCUGCUCUGGGUAUUGUGGAACUGGCUGGCUACUCGUUUGAACCGACUACAGAUAUCAAAAAGAAAUAUGCAUUCAAGGCCGUCAGACAAGGAGCACGGACCUAUUCAUUUGUUGCUGACUCAGCAGAUGAAAUGACCAGAUGGAUUGAAGUGUUGACAAGAGCUGCCAGCUCUGUCACAGAAGGCUCUUCGUUCACAUCCUCUAUAGAGGCAUCAGAUGAUGAGCUGUAGGAGACAUUCAUUCACCGUAUUUUUUACUCUCCAUAGAUCAGAGUGUGUUUGUUAUGUAUGUGUGUGUCAUGUGAUUCAUCAGUUACCCUGGCGAUUAUCAGCCAUCCAUCAAUCAUGUGUUGGACUAACUCAGUAUCAAUUCUGUUUUUUGCUCUUUAUUGCCCCUCGUAUUUUAUUCCUCAUUCUCAUCUCUUUUAUCAACAGCUGAUUUUGUAUAAUAAGCACUAUUUCGUUUUGAUUGUUAUUAUAGUGACAUCAUGCAAUGUAAUAUAUUUUGUGGCAUUAAGAAUUACAAAAAAUAGUGAUUAUUCGUA